AGUUUCAAAGGUUUAGAGUUCAUCAGAUAAGCUUUACAUGUAUGUAAAGACUUCCCCUGUACUAUACUGUAAAGUCUACUUCCCACUAGCACUAGCACUGUACUGUAUACUGCACAACUUCCAUAGUUUACAUAGGCGUCAUGUCAAACGAAAGUAAGGCUGUGCAAGCGAAGAUGAGUCAACCAGUGACAGCAGUAACUCCUGUGAAUGAUCCGUCUGAGGACUUCCAAACUCUCCUCAAGGACAUGGCUAAUCUUAAGGAAGAGUCGAGACUGGAGAAAAGCAAGAAUACUGAUGUAGAUUUAAGCUCCAUGGGUCAGAAUGAGGCGGAGGUGUCUCUGAUAUCUCCCGUCAUGAAUAUGAAGUGUCGCAAGGUCAUGAAAGGUCACCGAGGAAGAAUACUCCAUUUCGAUUGGUCACCAGAUCUGAGAAAAGUUGUCACAGCUGGUCAGGAUGGUAAUGCUGUGAUCUGGGAUGGCUUGAGUGGUCAGAAGGAGAUCAUCAUACAGACUCAGGCGUCAUGGGUACUAUCUUGCUGUUAUUCCCCCUCCACCACUCUCGUGGCCUGUGGUGGGCUGGACAACCGAUGUUCUGUGUACAAGGUGGACGAGCGAUUCAGUGGUGAAGGACAAGUGGCACGUAUUACCAUGCCUCGUAUGAGUCUACAAGAGCACUCCAAGUACGUCACACAAGUGGCCUUCUUUGGAUCCGACCAGCAACUGCUGACGUCCAGUGCUGACACCACAUGUGCUCUGUGGGAUAUGGAACAGAAGGAGCCAGUGAGGUCAUUUCAAGGACACAAACUGGAGGUGCUGGGGUUGGCUUUAAACCCAAGAGAUCCGUAUACAGUGUUUGCCUCUGGGAGUUGUGAUCGUACUGCUCGAGUGUGGGAUGCUCGCAGUGGUGUGUGUGUGAUGAGGUUCGAGGGCCAUGAAGGAGACAUCAAUGCAGUCAGGUUCUUCCCCAGUGGAGAUGCUCUCGGCACUGCCUGCAACGACGGAACUAUUCAUCUGUUUGACUUGAGAGCUGACCAGCAAAUCAAGAUGUUCACCAAGCCGAGUAUUCUGUUUGGAUCUUCAGCACUCGAUUUCUCCAAGAGUGGUCGCAUUCUCUUUGCUGGCUAUGAUGAUUACACAGUUCGGGCAUGGGACGUUCUCAAGGGUGAUCACCUGACCUUGUGGCACCAUCAUCAAGACAGAGUGAGCCACAUUUCCGUCUCUCCUGAUGGAACAGCACUCGGUUCAGCUAGUUGGGAUGGAACAUUUAGGAUUUCGGCUUAGACUGCAAAUAAAACAUUUGAAUCAUGUGUGUUAUUGUGUGUGCUUAUUAUUAUUAUUUUCAAUUGCUUGUGUGUGCUUUCAUGAAUCAAUCACUUUUGAUUAAAUCAAGA